UCUCCCUUCUCCCAAACAGGCGGCGGGAUCCGCUGUCCCUCGAGCAACGGCGCGCCUCCUCUCGCCAGGGAAGGGGCCGGCGGUGUGUGAACGACGCCAGCGAGUUUGUGCUGUCGCGUAGUAAAGAGUUCUGGGAGAACCGGAAAGUUAACAACUUUCCUCUUUUGACUUGUUGCUGUCGUUGCCGUUGUGCUUUUCUGAUCCUGGAUUUUGCUGAGACACGCCCCCACCCCAAACUUGCAGAUGCUGCAUCGACAACUGCCCACCACUAACCAAAUGAUCAUGGACAACGUGAACCCUGCUCUUUUAACAUAGCUACCUGAGAAGUUGGAUGGUAAAGCCCCCUUGGCAAUUGUGCAAGUGACAAUGGCAGGAAGUGGCGGAGAAAGUCAGUUGCAGAGGAUUAUCCGAGAUUUGCAGGAUGCUGUGACAGAACUCAACAAAGAGUUUGCAGAAGGGGGAGAACCAAUUACAGAUGACUGUAUCAGUUUGCAUAAACUUUCCUACAAGCUUGAGUAUCUUUUGCAGUUUGACCAGAAGGAAAAAUCAACUUUAUUGGGCAAUCGGAAAGAGUACUGGGAUUAUUUCUGUGACUGCCUGGCUAAAAUUAAAGGUGUAAAUGAUGGAAUUCGCUUUGUCAAGUCCAUUUCAGAAAUCAGAACAUCCCUUGGCAGAGGCAGGGCAUUCCUCCGUUACUGUUUAGUUCACCAAAGGCUGGCAGACACUUUGCAACAAUGUUUUAUGAAUACCAAAGUAACAAGUGACUGGUAUUAUGUAAGAAGUCCCUUCCUUAACCCAAAAAUGACUUCGGAUAUCAUUGGACACUUGUAUGAAUUAACUGAGGUUCAGUUUGAUCUUGCCUCUAGGGGCUAUGACCUAGAUUCAGCAUGGCCCACAUUUGCCAGGAGAACGUUAUCGUCAUUUGGCUCCUCAGCGUACCUGUGGAAGCCUCCAAGCCGCAGUUCCAGCAUGAGCAGUUUGGUGAGCAACUAUUUGCAGGCCCAAGAGAUUCCUUCCAGUCCCAACAGCAAUAACUUUUUGAACACGGAACCUCUUGAGGGCUUUGAUGAGUUGCACAUGGAGCUUGACCAGGCUGAGCUGCGACAGAAGGAACUGCAGGAGCGAAUCCAGCACCUGGAAAAGGAGAACCAGGAGCUUCAGGCUGCCAUUGACUUUGGGCAGCAGCAAGUCCAGACUGAAAGAGAGAAGAGCAGCCAUGUCAGCAAGGAGAAUUCCAGGCUUACAAAAAUGCUUGAGGAGCUAGAAAAACAACGUGAGAUCUCCCAUUGCACCCAGGACACUGUUCAGGAUCUGCAGAAAUGCUUGCAGGCAUUAGAACUGAAUGCUGCCAACAAGGAAAAGGAAUGCUCUGCAAGGCUUGAGGAACUGGAGUCUAGUAAAAAAGACUCUGACUUAAAGGUACUUAACUUGAACCAAGAGCUAGAAAGUACCAGGGCUUUUGUAACCAUGAAAGAUUCUUGCAUCAGUGAGCUUACCACGAAGUUGAAGUUUACCGAGCAGAAGAACAAGGAACUGUUUGCCAAAGCCAAUGCCUUCCUGAAUGAAAAGGAACAACAAGUUACCAAUCAAUGUGAACUGGCACUGAAGGUUGAAGAGCUGCUAAGGAAGCUUCAUGAAGCAGAACAGGAGAAAGCCAAUGCUGAGAGACUAAAUAGCAAACAUCUUUCUCAACUUAAGAUGGUGGAAGACCAGCUCCAUCUGAAAGAGGAGAUGCAGAAGGGGCUUGAACUGAGAUUGAGGAAUCUCACUACUAGCUCCAGAGAAGAAUCUGAAAACUUGCAUAUGAAUCUGGAGACUGUCACAAGUGAAAGAGCUGUCCUUCAGAAAGAACUAGCAGCAAAAGGAAAGGAGGUGGUUGACCUUCAAAUCCAAUUGAAAGAUUUAUUAAAUUGUGUAAAAUCAUUGGGGAGAAAACUUGAAGAAGAAACAGAAGAGAAGACAAAACUUGAGGAAGUGUCCAGCCAUUCAAAAACAGCAAUGGAAGAAGAAGUAAAAAACACAAUAGAACAUCUUGUAUUGCUGGAAAUUCAGCUAUCAGAACUCAGUCAAAGAGUGAAGAAUUUAGAAGAGCAAAAGAGAGAGAUUAUUUCUGAAAGGGACUCUCUCAGAAAAAUGAUAGAAAGAAUGGAACAACAGGGUACCAAGCAGAACUCCUCCCUGAGAAACAUGUCAGAAGAAAAUGACAAGCUGAAGUCCCAGAAUGCAAAGUUGCUGCAAACCAACCAGAAGCUAGAAGAGAAGUGGCAAGGGUUGGAUGCUUCUAAAUCUUCUUUAGAAGAAGAGAUUAUCAGACUGAGGGCCUCUGAGAAACAGCUCCAAAGCCAGAUAGAUGAUGCAAUGGUGUCUGUCGAUGAAAAGGAGAAGAAACUCCGAGGAGAGAAUAAGCUGCUGGAUGAAAAUCUACAGAAUGCCACAAGGCAAAAACAAGUCCUAGAAGAAAAGCUGAACGCUCUGCAGACUGAUUACCAAGAAUUGAAACAAAGUGAAGAAACUGCCAAGGAAUUCAUAAGUGUCCUUCAAGCUGAGCUCCAGAAUGCCAAGGAGUACGGAUUGCAUAUGGAACAGAGCCUGUUCUCUUCUAGGCAAGCUGAAGAAUCCCUGAAAUUACAGCUCACAGAGAAAAGUGAGGCAUUUCAAACCCUGGAGAGCCAAUCUCGGGAGCUGCAAGGACAAGUGGAGAGGUAUAGCAAAAAAGUGGAAGCCCUUGAAGCAGAAAAGACCAACAUUGAAGAAAACAGCCUUCAUCAGGCAAAAGUGAUUGAAUCCCUUUCUUCUGAAAAGAUGUCUGUGGAGAAAGCCCAUCUGGAAAAGACAGCUUACCAGGAGAGAGAAGCCAAAGAAUUGGUUUCAAGACUGGCUCUAGCUGAGAAACAGUUGUAUCUCAACCAAGUGGAGGUGGCUAGGCUUCAGGAAGAAAUUAUGGACCUUCAGGCCAAACUUCGGCAGACAGCUGUGGAGAAUGAGAAGCUGCAAAACAAGCUGGAUGUCCGUGGUACAGUCUUAAAUGAGCAGAAGUCAUUGGCCCAGCAGCUGAAGGAGCAAAGCGAACUGCUCAACAGAAACCAUGUCCAGGAGCUGCUUCAUUUUCAGGAACGGGAGGAAGCAUUGAAAAUUGAGAGGGACCAGGAAGCCUGUCAGAAGGCUGAGCUAGAGAAGAGCCUUCUAGACCUCACAGAAGAGUUGUCCAAGGUCAAGCAGUGUUUGGAAGCUGUUAAUCUGGAAAAUCUGGAAAUCAAUGACCUUCUUCACAGGACCAACACUGAAAUGGCUGAGCUUGGCAUUCAGAUCUGCUCUUUGACUUCUCAAAAAACAGAAGCAGAAGAAAAGCUGUCUCAGGCCAUGGAAGAACUCCAUGCUACCAAAGAAAGAGCAGCCAAAGAACGAGAGGAGCUGCAGCUUAAGCUUUCAAGGCUCAGUCAGGAAAAACAAGGCCUACAUGAGGAACUGGAGGAGUCUAAGCUUUGUGCUGCAGUUGUUCCUGACCUGCAGACUCAGCUGACAGUAGCAGAGAGACAAGCCCAAAGCUUGCAAGAGACCAGCAAAGAGGAGCUCUCUGCAGUCAAAUUUCAACUAAGCGCAGAGAUUAUAAACUUCCAAAUGAAAUUUAAGACUGUCAGUGAAGAAUGUGAAACCUUAAAGCAGGAACUUGAAGGGCAGAUCCGGCGAGCACAGGCUGCAGAAGAAGCUCUCAAAGAGCUGCAGGCUGUGAAAACAGACUUGCGUGCAGAACUGGAUCUUGCCUUGGAUCAGGUAACUAAGUACAAAGCAGUCCAGCAAAAAAAGGAUGAGGAACUGGUACAACUUAAAGAAGAGCUGAAAAGAGUCCAGGAGGAAGUUAUCAAAAGAAAUGAGCAAAUUCAAGACUAUCAUGGUAAAAUCAGCAAGAUGAGAUCAGAUCAAGACAACAGUGAGAAAAAAUUACUGGCUGAACUGGAUGAUCUGACUAGAACCAAGCAAUUCCUGGAAGAACGGCUGAUUGAACUUCUCAGGGACAAGGAUGCCCUUUGGCAGAAGUCAGAUGCUCUGGAGUUUCAGCAAAAGCUCACAGCAGAGCAAAGAUGGCUUGGUGAUGCAGAAGUAACAUCUUGCCUGGAUUGCCAAAAGGAAUUUGGUUGGAUGAAUCGUCGACACCAUUGCAGGAUGUGUGGACGCAUUUUCUGCUACUACUGCUGCAACAAUUAUGCCAUGUCGAAACAAACUGGCAAGAAGGAGCGCUGUUGUCGGGAGUGCUUUAAAAAGUCCAGUGACCCUGGGUCAAACGCUACCCAAGAAGAACCAUCAUCAAGUUUGCUGGCCUCACCAUUUUCCCUGGUCCAUAGAGUUUGGGUUACAAAUGAAGCCUCUAAACCUGCAGAUGAUGCAGUGUUUGAUAUAAUCACAGAUGAGGAAGUGGGCCAAAUACAGGAACGUCUCUCCAUUCACAGUGAAAGCCAAACUGAAGAAGAAUCUCUGGAUCGCAGUGCGACUGACCUAAACAGCACAUAUAAUUCCUCAACUUUUGAUGAAUCUGAUGACUUACAGAUGAACCAAGAUGCAGAGAUCUGCUUGCUGAAAUCAGGAGAGCUGAUGCUAAAGCUGCCCCUCACUGUGGAGGAGAUUCUGACAUUUGGAGAAGCUAACAGAGAACUGUUCAUUAAAUCAAGUACAUACAGCAUUAUUCCCAUCACUGUGGUGGAAACUGGCCUUACAAUAUGCUGGGUGUUUUCAUCUGAACCAAAGAGCAUAUCAUUCAGCGUGGUGUACCGAGAAUCAGAAGAUGCUCCAUUGGAUCAGUGUAAAGUUCUCAUUCCUAUGACUCGCUGCAACUCUCAUAAAGAAACCAUCCAAGGGAAAGUGAAAGUCAGAAAUGCUGGGAUCUACAUCCUGAUAUUUGACAAUACUUUCUCAAGGUUUAUCUCAAAAAAAGUAUUUUUCCACUUAGCCGUUCAGCACCCAGUGAUCUACGACGGAAGUGAUUUUCCAUAACUUUGAACAUACGUAAUAUUUAUAUAUGAUAUCUUUCCAGACUAUUUUUAAGAGACACUGUUAUUUAUAUAUACAUGCAAGCACUAAGAUUUUAGAUUUCUUUGAAGCCCUCUGAGGGUUAUGCAAUAAUUUUUAAAACUAUACUUAUAUGAAGUUGUCUACAAAAAACAUUAAUUUUCAUAGGAACACUAAUGAUGCUGGAUGUGUGCCAAAUAGUUAAAAGCCAUCUUGUUUAUUUCAAUAAACAAACAAAUACAGCUGUGCACUGCUGCAUUGGAUGCAAAAAUGGCGCACAAUCGAAAUACACAUUUUCAAAGGGCUAAAAAACAGCUGCGUGCUUUUGAUUUGCUAGGUUGGAAGUUGUGUAUGACUCUACAACACUACUGUUGCCUCUGAUGCUGUUUUGAGGUCGUCUUCCCCAUCACUUAAUGCUGCAAAAAGGAUGAAACUCAAGUCCACUUCUGCAAAAUCAGAGGGUCUAUUUCACUCGAAACACGCUCUAUGUAUAGAAAAGUUAAAAUCUGACAAGCCUGAAAUUUGCAGAUAGCUGCCAUAAUAUAUGUAUGCAGACUGGUUCUUCACACCAUUUCACUCACUCCUCAGUGUCAGUAUGUGAUCAUACAAUGCACAUAAUUUGACAUUUAGUCUCGACUGGACUUGAGCAUAUAAAAACAUUCUUCCAUGCUCUGUGCCUUGAUGAGGAAACUCUCCAACUUCUGUUGGCCCAGAUCCUGUGCAGAAAAGGUACUUUCACAGUCAGAUUGGCAACUGAAGCCAAAACAUUGCAUAAGGAAGCAAACUUCAUUUCUUUCAGUGGGAUUUAUUUCAGUGCAAUAUAUUUAGAACCAGAAUUUUUUAUACCAUAGGGCUAGCUUUGGGAUGAGCAGCUUGGAGAAGUUUCUUUUUCAGAAUUACAACCCCAAGCAGGUAGUAGUGCUGGCUGGGUGAUUCUGUGAGCAAUGAUCCAAAAAUAAACUUUCACAAGCUUCAAAAAUGAGUGAGCCAGUGGCCCUAAUUGAAACCUACUAAAUAGUAAUGUGCCCCCCUUUCAAUUUGUAUGACCUUUUCAUAAUUUAGGAAACAUUUCCCAAUACGUAAUAGUGUGUCAAAUGGCCAUGAUAAUCACAUUUGCAGAAUAAUAUUGCAAGCACUUUUAAAAGAAUUUGCACAACCCCUGUUAGGAAUCAAAUGGGUUUCAGCAUAACCAUCUCUAGAACAAUCAAUUUAUUUGGUGCAUUCAUGAGUCACACUUUCAGUUUAGGAACCCUGGCUUUAAAACGGAUGAAGUAAAGAGGCAUUGAGGUGUUGCACGUAUUCUGUUUGUUCCUCUCUUCACAAUAAUAGAUGAGCAAAACAUGAAGAUAUAACUUUAUGUAACAUCCAAAACUGGGAUUAAGGCUAGGUGCACCCAGACCAGCCAGGAUUCAUAACGCAACAACAAACCCUAGCUUAAAGGAUUCUGAUCCUUGCUUGGCUGGGCAUAACAAAACAAAAUCCAGUUUCGAAGUAACGCAAAGCUAUCCUUUUCUAAAUAC